UUGGUGAACGAGCUGUACAGUUUGCUUCGUGACCAGGAUCCUAUCGUGGUUGUGAACUGCCUGAGGGCCUUAGAGGAGAUCUUGAAGAAGGAGGGAGGAGUUGUCAUCAACAAACCCAUCGCCCAUCAUCUCCUCAACAGGAUGGCCGAUCUGGAUCAGUGGGGGCAGAGCGAGGUGCUCGCCUUCCUUCUGCGUUACAGACCCCGCACUGAGGAGGAGCUCUUCGACAUACUCAAUUUGCUGGAUGGCUGUCUCAAAAGCAGCAGCCCCAGCGUUGUGAUGGCGGCCACCAAGCUCUUCCUAGUGCUGGCCAGGGAGUACCCGCAUGUGCAGACAGAUGUUUUGGUGAGAGUGAAGGGCCCGCUGCUGUCCGCCUGCACCUCCGAGAGCCGGGAGCUCUGCUUCACCGCGCUGUGCCACGUGCGUCAGAUCCUUGGGAGCCUUCCCGGCCAUUUCAGCAGCCACUACAAGAAGUUCUUCUGUUCGUAUUCAGAGCCCCACUACAUCAAGUGCCAGAAGAUGGAGGUGUUGUGUGAGCUGGUGAAUGACGAGAACGUACAGCAAGUGCUGGAGGAGCUGAAGAGCUAUUGCACCGACAUAUCGGUGGAGCUUGCCCAAGGGGCCAUCUCUGCCAUAGGCAACAUUGCUCGGACGUACACAGAACAGUGCGUGGGGAUUCUGACGGAGCUCCUGGGGCUGCAGCAGGAACACAUCACUUCAGCGGUGGUUCGGGCUUUUCGGGACCUGGUCUGGCUCUGUCCCCAGUGCACGGACGCGGUGUGUCAGGUACUGCCGACCUGCGAGGACGCCAUCCAGGACAGCGAGGGCAAGCGAGCGCUGAUCUGGCUCCUGGGCGCACACGGUGAGAAAGUGCCGAACGCCCCUUAUGUUUUGGAGGACUUUGUGGAGAACGUGAAAUCCGAGAUGUUCCCAGCGGUAAAGAUGGAGCUUCUGACAGCAUUGGUGCGGCUUUUCCUGUCCCGUCCUGCUGAGUGUCAGGACAUGCUGGGGAGGCUGCUCUAUCACUGCAUCGAGGAGGAGAUGGACAUGGCAGUACGAGACCGUGGAUUGUUCUACUAUCGCCUUUUGCAAUCCGGUGUGGAAGAAGUGAAACGAGUCCUGUGUAGCCCCACGUCUGACCCCUCUCUGGGGCUCCUGGAAGACCAGAUGAAGCAGCCCGUGAACACGUGGGCUGCAGAGUUUAACACUCUUGCACCGGUUUAUGGCAGAGAACGCUGGGCGCUGAUCACUGCUCACCAGCCAGCAGAACCCUCUUACACGUGUUCUCCGUGUACUGACUCCAGGAACAGAGACACAGAGUCACUGAUUUCUGAAGGGAAUGAAGAAGUCCUCAAGGUUCAUCCCGAUACAAGCGGCCUGACCUUAGUUCCCGAUGUUUACCUGACUGCAGAACAGUUUGAGAAGACCUGGCUGAGCUUGGAGAUGAGCUGCCACCUCUCUCUGCCCUGGUGUGGGGCUGUUCAUCCGGACGCCGUACACACGGCUCUUCACGUCGUGCACGUCCAGACCAUUGCUAUGAGCAAAGCUGGCAUCCAGCCGUGGAAGGCGUAUCUCAGCGCACAGGAUGAUGCAGGAUGCCUCUUCCUAGCGGAGCUCUUGCUUGAGACGGCGGGGUCGGAGAUGCAGGUUUCACUGAAGCAGAGUGAGGCGAAGCCAGAGGCACUGCAAACCUUUAUUUCCGUGUUAAGGACGGUCCUGGGGGCAGCUGCUGGGCUGGGGUCCUGA